CUCGCGGAGAGUGCGCGGUCGCCGCGCUUCCAUCUUUGAGGAAUCGAAGCCCAAGCCCGAGCCGCCGUUGACCAUGGGCGGCGUCCUGGGCCUCUGCUCCUUGGCGAGCUGGAUCCCGUGCUUAUGUGGAAGUGCCCCAUGCCUGCUCUGCCGGUGCUGCCCCAGUGGAAACAACUCCACCAUAACUCGCCUGGUUUAUGCCUUCUUCCUACUCGUCGGCGUCAGCGUUGCCUGUGUGAUGUUAAUACCAGGCAUGGAAGAGCAGCUGAAGAAGAUUCCUGGAUUUUGUGACGGAGGGAUGGGAACCACUAUACCUGGUGUGCAUGGCCAUGUGAAUUGUGACGUGCUGGUUGGUUACAAGGCUGUGUACCGUGUGUGCUUUGGCAUGGCCAUGUUCUUCCUUCUCUUCUCCCUGUUGAUGAUCAAGGUGAAGAGCAGCAAUGACCCCAGGGCGGCGGUGCACAAUGGAUUCUGGUUCUUUAAAUUUGCAACAGCACUUGCAAUUACUGUUGGAGCUUUCUUCAUACCAGAGGGACCAUUUACAACAGUGUGGUUUUAUGUAGGUAUGGCUGGAGCAUUCUGCUUUAUUCUUAUUCAGUUGGUCUUGCUUAUUGACUUUGCCCACUCCUGGAACGAAUCUUGGGUUGAAAAAAUGGAGGAAGGAAAUUCGAGAUGCUGGUAUGCAGCUCUGCUGUCAGCUACAGCUGUCAAUUACCUGCUGUCUCUAGUUGCUGUUGUUUUGUUCUAUGUUUAUUACACUAAUCCAGAAGGUUGUUCUGAAAACAAGACAUUCAUCAGUGUCAACAUGCUGCUGUGUAUUGGAGCCUCUGUAAUGUCCAUUCUGCCCAAGAUUCAGGAAUCUCAGCCAAGAUCUGGCUUGCUGCAGUCUUCUGUGAUCACCAUUUACACCAUGUAUUUGACCUGGUCAGCUAUGACCAAUGAACCAGACAGGCGCUGUAACCCAAGUUUGCUGAGCAUCAUUGGUUACAACAGCACCACCAUCCCAACCCAAGGUCAGGUGGUGCAGUGGUGGGACGCUCAAGGAAUUGUCGGACUGGUUUUGUUUUUGCUGUGUGUUCUCUACUCAAGCAUCCGGACAUCCAACAACAGCCAAGUGAACAAGCUGAUGCUGACCAGCGAUGAAUCCACGCUGAUUGAGGAUGGAAUGCCCCGGAGUGAUGGCUCCCUUGAUGAUGAUGAUGUUCAUCGAGCCAUAGAUAAUGAGAGGGAUGGAGUUACUUACAGCUACUCCUUCUUCCAUUUCAUGCUUUUCCUGGCAUCUCUCUAUAUCAUGAUGACGCUCACCAACUGGUACAGGUAUUUCUGUUUGCAUGAUCCUUCCCAUACAAUGACCAGCAAGUGGCCAUCUGUCUGGGUGAAGAUCUCUUCCAGCUGGAUUGGCAUCGUGCUGUACGUCUGGACUCUGGUCGCUCCGCUGGUUCUCACAAACCGUGACUUUGACUAAGCUGUGCUGCUCUCUAAAGUCGUGCUGGCUUCCCUGUGCCCGUCAGACAAGCAGUGUUGCAGACAGUAGAGCAGUUGUAAAUACCUGUGUGUGCUGUCCAUGUAAUGUGCCCUGCAUGAUGACCUUGAACCAUGUCUUCUGUCAUUUCACUAGAUGACCUUCUAGCUGAGCUCAGUGACGAUUGCUACAACGAUGGUUUCAUAGGAUUACUCAUAGAUCGAAUGCUUCAGCAGCAUUAGAUGUAAGAUGAAGACCUUUUGAAAGUAGGUUUUGUUCCCCCUCAAUUGCAUUAGUGUUAGGGAAAAUCAUGCAAGUGUUAGAUCAGGCUCUGCCAGGAAAGGAGGGGCUGCCUUUGAUCAUCCCUGUUGCCUUGAUUGCAAAGUAAGUCUGGAGUAAGCAUUGUCCCACUCAAAAUCGUGCAUGUUGGAGGUGACACUGUGUAGCACCUUGGCACUAACAGCCCCACCUUUCCUUGUGCUGAGGGUGUUGAAUGGGGAAACCUGCCCCUGAAGCUGCAGAGGAGCUGAUGUCCUGUGCUGCUGCUGGGUCCCACUGCAGACAGGGCAGACCCCCUGGGGAAAACAAGACUGGUAUCAGAUGCUCAGAAGCAUGUUUUUAAGACACCCGUUUACAAUGUGCAUCUCUGUAUUAUUACUCUUAAUUUUUAAAGUAUUUUCAGUGGGGUAGCUGUGCUGUAAUUUAUUGCUGUUGCCUGUGCCACUUUCUCUCUUGGCUAAGCUACAAUCCAGUUGGCAGGGAGCCGAGGGUGAGAGCUGUGCAAGCCCUUGAGAGGGAUUUUUGGAGCGUUCUGGUUGAAAAAAAGUGGGGGAAAAGGAGCAGGAAAAUUGCAGUAACAAAAGGAGGUGUGCUUUAACUGAGGCUUCAACACAAGCGUUUUGUAGUCUAUUUGGGGCUCUACAUUUUGAAAUCUUGGAUUCAGUAUUUUGCUUCUUGUCCACUGCCAGUGAUGGACUUGAGCCUGGGAAAUCUCAACCUAGGUGUGAGACUAUGACAUUUGUCUGAUGAAAAUACUGUAGAAUUCCUGUGCAGUGAUGAAAUUUUAAAUGCUUUAGUGCCUGCUGCUUUGCAGUUGAAGUCUGUGAGCUGCAUUAUUGAUCUGUUAUUUGCUACAAAGUGAGACUAGAGCAGCCUGACUGGGACUGACCCUGGAGCCCUCAGCAGAUGUCAUGCUGAUCUGUUACUGUGGUGUCUAUGCUGUUAAUUCCUGUUGCUAAUUAUUCUCCAAAGUUUUUUAUUUUAAUUCCGCACCUAAACACAGACAUUUUACUACAGAAGCCUGACACACCAAUCAAAUGUGAGAUGGUCAUGUAAUGAUUAGUAAAGGCUUGUCAUAAUUUGGAAUAUGUUGUUACCUUAUUAAUAAAUAAAUUUGG